GUACGAGGUAAUGCAGUCCUGCUGGCUCCCAGCAUCCCACCGCCCAACUAUGGAAGAGCUACAUCUGCAGGUGAGCUACCUGCUGAACGAGCGCUCCAAUGCUCAGGCAGAGGAGAGCUUUGAGUGGCGCUGGAGCGCUCUGAAGCCCAAGCGCUCCUCUUCCCCACCGCCGGCCUCGUCCUCGGCACGCCACCGCCGUUCGUCGGAAGAGAUUUCGGCCUAUCCUCUGUUGGACGGGUUCCACGGGGGCGACAUGGACGAUAUUCUGACCGUGACUGAGAGCAGUGGGGGGCUGAACUUUGAGUACAUGUGGGAAAAGGCCCGCCUGGGACGAUGGAAGGGCCCUGCCUCAGCGCCGCCCGAGUAUUCUUCCACAAACGGCGGGCUGGCUGUGCCGGGAAGCAAUCCUUUCUAUGAACAGGCCACGCAGCGGGGGCACAGCUUGGAGACGCCCAGCGUGGUGCCCGUAAUCAGUGCCCGGAGCCCUUCAGUCAGCAGUGAGUAUUAUAUCCGCCUGGAGGACCAUGGCAGUGGCGAGGGGCCUGUCUGUGCCCCCAGCCCUGGCUCCCCACCCCAGCCUCUCUUUCCCUCAGACUGGGACUGCCACAGCGCUCCCUAUCGGCCACAGGAGCAAACCAGUAGCACCAACCCCUUCCUGGCCAGCGGCAGCAGUGACAGCAACCCUUUCCGUGUGGAUGGCGAGAUCCAGGAGACAUCCCUGACAGAGACGCCGGCCACAGGGGGCGAAGCAUUCCUUGCUGAGUCCCUACUCACUGUGUACCGUGAACUGGAGGACCAGCAGCGUAGCUGGGAUGCCGAGAUGAUGGAAGAACGGGGGGCAGGGGAGACGUUGGCUGGAGAUCCUUCUGAGUUCCAGGGGUCCCCCUCGUGGGAACAAGAGCCUUCCCUGAUGGAGGAUCAAAGUUCUGGCAGCAGCACCGAUGACGGCGGAAGCAGCGUUGGGGGCGGGCGGCGCCACCUCUUGCCAUGCCCGCUGUGUACUCGUGCACGUUGCACGUGCGCCAUUCCUCGUGGGGAUGUUGUGAGCAGCUGGAGCAACCAUGGCCCGCCGCUGCGCCGCCCUCACCGUGACAGCUAUGGCACUGAGGAUGACUCCUCCUUGAAAGUGGAACGGGGCUCCCUCUCUGACUGUCCUAUGCUUCCCUCUAGGGACUGCGAUGGGGAUGGGGAGGAGCAUAGUGAAUUCUAUGACCCACUCAUGGGCACAGUGGUGAAGACCUAUGAACUUCAAGACUACCCAAAGCAGAGAGGUGGGGGGAACGCUUGUCCCCCUGGAUCACCCUUCCCAGCUAUGUCCUCUAGUGGCUGUAAUGUGAUUGUCCCUGUAGAGAUACCACCGUUGUCCACGCUAGCUGAAAGCAAUGAUGAGGAGACCAUUGCGAUUCUCCCGGAAGCCAUUGAUGGGUUCUCCACUGGCCCUGCAACCAUAAAUCUUUCCCCAGUGGCACCAGAUAGGCAAAGGGGGACCCUUGACUCUGUGGAUUCACUGGAUAUCCCUUCUAAUACUAGUUCGUCAGAUGUUUGCAGCCCUGCAUCACACUAUUCAUCUCCAGGGCAAAAAUUUGGGGAUAGUGGCUAUGAAACAGAGAGCACUUUCUCGCCUGAAUUCAUUUUCAAAGAGGAACCACCUCCACCACCUUCCAGGGAAGAGGAAGAAGUAAUAGAGACAGAAGAAGAUUCUGGCAAACUUCCGACCACACCCAUUUCUCAGUCCACGAGUGAUCUGACUUUAUCUGUGAGUGAAGAAGGGGCAGAGCUAGAGGAAGAGGUAGGGAGGAGUUUAGGGCCAGCAACACCUCACCGUGACUCUGCCUACUUUUCUGAUGGGGAGGCAGAACCCCCUGAGGAACCUGCUGCAGCUGUUGCUCUUGGAAGUGAGGGAGAAAAACCGGUGGAGAAGAUAACAGUGGAUGGAGGUUUUGUGGUUCAGGUGUGCAAAGAACAACUGAUGGUCACACUGCAGGAGAACGUCACACGCAACCUGCUGUGCACUCAGAGGACCCCGACAGUGGGGAUUUCGCCAGCUGGCCUUUUGAAGGACCAGGCUGUUCUCAGGCUCUGGACCCUAGAGCCAGAGGAGGGGCAGGAGGAGACGGAGGAAGAGGAGGAG